AUGGCCAGCUGGGAGCACGAGGGUGGCAGGCAGCGUCGACAGCUCGGCUUGGCUCUUGCGGGGUUCUCGGCAACCUCUCAUGACGCCCCCGGAUCAGCGGACGGCAGUGCGGGGAAGCACAACCGGGGUACCUGCCUUGAGCACCCAGCACCUAGGCAAAAGCCUUCCUCGACACUGGUCCAGGCGAAGACGACCCUCGAGAAGAGCGGCGUCACUCAUGCAACCUGGUCUUGGUUUCCAGAUGGGCAGAUCUCGACGUGCUACAAUUGCGUUGACCGUCACGUCGUUGCCGGUCAUGGUCACCAUCCCGCCAUAUAUUAUGACAGUCCUGUGACCAAGACGAAACAGACUCUCAGUUAUGCACAGCUCCUCGACGAGGUCGAGGUCCUUGCUGGCGCCUUGCGAGAGGAGGGUGUCAAGAAGGGCGAUGUUGUACUCAUCUACAUGCCCAUGAUUCCUGCUGCCCUCAUCGGCAUUCUCGCUGUGAGCCGUCUCGGCGCUGUGCACGCCGUCGUUUUUGGUGGCUUCGCCCCUGCCGCCCUCGCCCAGCGGAUCGAGGCAUCCCGGCCCGUGGUCAUACUGACGGCAUCGUGCGGCAUUGAUGGCGCCAAGGCACCGGCCGCCUACCAGCCCCUCGUCGAAGAAGCCCUUCGUCUAUCUUCACACAAACCCCUUCGUGUCGUGGUUUGGCAACGCGAUGAAGUCCGGUGGCAUCCCAUCAGCCGCAAUAUUGGCGAGCGAAACUGGCAGAGCAUCGUCAAGAGCUGCCGUGCUCGCAAUAUCAGAGCCGCCUGCGUGCCCGUUGCCUCGUCUGACCCUGUAUACAUCAUCCAUACAUCUGGGACUACGGGUACUCCCAAGGGCGUAAGGAGAGACGCAGCCGGUCAUGCGGUCGGGCUCCAACUCUCAAUCAAGUAUCUAUUCGAUAUCCAUGGACCUGGUGAUGUUAUCUUCACGGCGUCUGAUAUCGGAUGGGUUGUUGGACAUAGUUUCAUCGCCUAUGCCCCUCUCCUUGCCGGUGCUGCGACAGUGCUCUACGAGGGCAAACCAGUCGGCACGCCUGACGCAUCUGCCUUUUGGCGAGUUGUCGAAGAAUACCGUGUCACUUCCAUGUUCACCGCCCCAACGGCUCUACGUGCCAUAAAGCGGGACGACCCCGAUAACGCGCGCCUCAAAGAAAUUGGUAACCGCGGGGGUCUCCGAACACUCCGUGCCCUUUUCCUCGCCGGUGAACGAUCUGAGCCCGCCAUCAUCUCAGCCUACCAGGAGUUGCUCGACGAGUACGCUGCUCCCCCGGACGAGGGCGGAUCCCAUGUCAUCGACAAUUGGUGGUCCACCGAAACUGAGCGUCACCCACCCAUCGGCAUCAAGCCCGGUAGUGCAGGCAAGGCCAUGCCAGGCUUUGACGUGCGAAUCGUAGACGACGAGGGUAACGAGGUCCCGCGAGGCACUAUGGGCAACAUUGUGUUAGGGCUGCCCUUGGCUCCAACGGCAUUCCGAACACUGUGGGAAGAUGAGGAACGAUUUUACAAAGGUUAUCUAAAGCGGUUCGAGGGAAAAUGGGUCGACACUGGCGAUGCUGGCUUCAUUGAUGAAGAGGGCUACGUCAGCGUCAUGAGUCGCAACGACGACGUGCUUAACGUGUCAGCGCAUCGUCUAUCUAGCGGUUCCCUCGAACAAGCCAUUACCUCUCAUCCUUUGGUCGCUGAGGCCUGCGUCGUGGGCGUCCCAGACGCCCUCAAGGGCCAGCUGCCGUUUGCUUUCGUCACCCUCUCUGUUGCCUCGCAUCCCACCACGGCAGUGCCGGAUCCUGCGCUAGAGAAGGAGAUCCAAGAGCUUGUCCGCGCACAAGUGGGAGCCAUUGCGACGCUGGGGGGCGUGGUCCAGGGUAAAGGGAUGAUCCCCAAGACUAGAAGUGGCAAGACCUUGAGGCGAGUGCUGCGUGAGCUGGUGGAGAAUGCAUCCAAGGGAGAUUUUGAGAAGGAGGUCAGCGUUCCCAGUACGGUAGAGGAUGCGGCUGUUGUUGAUGUUGCAAGGAAGAAAAUCGGCGAAUACUGGAGAACCAAGAGAAGUGAAGGCAAGGCAAAGCUCUGA